AUGAUUCGAGAAGGAAGUGCCGAUUUUCAACUACACUUGAGAAGGACACUACAGUUGAUCCAAAAUGAGCCUCAUUUCAAGAAGGCGAAAGGUCCUAAAGACAGAGCUGAACUGGAUAAAUUGCUGAAGUCCUUUAUUUUCCGUUACUUGUACUUUAUCGUAAGCAAUAAUGGUAAGUUUCUUCCACAGCUAUUCACAUCGGUUCCACAUGAGAAAUUUCCCGCGACUUUGCAGGAGGCGCUUGAUGUUGAUCGUGCUUCAAUUUCACGUCAUGAUCCCUUCUAUGUUAUUGAUGAUUCGGUAGCGAAUGAGAGUCAUAGACAUACAGGUCGUAAUUGUGGGCGUAAGUUCCAAGCCGGGGAACCCAUUUACAGGUGCAAGGAAUGUAGCUUUGACGACACCUGUGUGCUUUGCAUCCACUGCUUCAACGCCAAAGAUCAUAUCAACCACCAUGUGUAUACGAGCAUCUGCACGCAUGUCAACAAUGGUAUCUGCGAUUGUGGUGACGUGGAAGCAUGGAAUGUUCCACUUAAUUGCAAAGCUGAAACCGAAGAUGAGGGUUCGGAGAGUGAAGGAGCCUUUGAGUCACCUGAGAUGACUUAUAUACUCGAGCUUACACUGACGGAGAUAUUUGAUCACUUUUUAGAUGUAUUCAACCAGAAUAUCGAACCGCUACCCACAAUGCAAAGGGAUAUCACUGUUAAACUCAGGGACAUGGUGCAAUCCGAGAAAUCAGAAGAAAAAGAAGAGUUCUUACAAGACCUUCAGUACAAAAACGAGGAUAUGCAAGAUCUCAAAAAAGGGCUCACAGAGAUUGAAGCUCCUGACUAUACGGUCUUAGUUUACAAUGACGAAUAUCACAACUACUCUCAGGCUACUGCCGCUUUGAAGCAGGGGGUGCCUGAUGAUAAAAACACCGACAAAUUAACAGCUAGGAUUGACGGGGAAGGAAGAGCGAUGCUGAAGUGUUCGAAAGACAUUUCAAGUGUUUUGAGUGGUUUUUUUGCUGUGAGAACAAAUGGUUUGAGCGCAACGUUAACAGCAUGGUCUGAGUACAUUCAGCAAGAAGCCUGUAAAUACAUCAUUGCGUGGGUUGGCCAUUGCCUGACCAUCCCAAAUUCUUCAUUUCAGCAGGGUUUUCGGAGCGCAAUGGGGCGGGUGCUAUGCUCUGGAAGCGAACGCCUUCCUGAGGCGGUGGAUGUUAGCCUAUUAGUAGACAAGCACUUUCCUGCCAAACAUUCUGAAGAGGACCCUUAUAGGUAUGCUAACUUGUCCGUUCUUGAUAGGGAAAAUGUGGUACCCUUCAGUCAUCACAAGGUAUUGGCUGAAGGGGAGACUGAUCACAUUUCCUUAACCCUCAACAAAACAGAGCCGCCCAGCCCCAAAAGGUACGCCAACUCAAGACUUCAAUUGCUUCUAUUUUUUGAUAACCGGUAUUGGAAAAAGUUACGCAAAGAUAUUCAAGAUAUUGUUAUACCUACAAUGGCUUCAAGUCUUGAGUUUAAGCCGAUCUUCUGUGAGCAAUUGGUGGAGAUAUUCAACCACAUGACAAGAUCUGUCGCGUUCAUGGAUAGAGAGCCACAGUUAACGGUGUUGAGAGAGAGUGUGGUUCAACUCUUUACCUGCCCCACAAAUGCUUACAGCAUUUUCCAGAGUGGUAGUUUCUGUGACAUCAUGUGGUCAGUAAUUGACAUUUUUACAGAGUUCUCCAAAAAAGACGCUGGCGUAUUGGUAUGGCAGAAGGUCAAGAAGACUAAUCCGACAAAAAGUUAUAGUAUCUCCUUCAAACAAAACUUGUACAGCGUGGAAACCAUAUUAAGCAAAGUCAGUGACCCGAACCUUCUGUUGCGUCCAAAAGAGUUCAUUGCCAUCGUAACUUUGUGCAAACUUUUCAACGGCGCCUGGAAAAUAAAGCGGAAAGAGGGAGAACAUGUGCUAAGAGAGGAUCAAAAUUUUAUUCCUUACCUAGAGUACACGACGUCUAUUUACAGCAUUGUUCAAACAGUGGACAAGAUUUUGGAGAAUAAGAGAGAUGAGGUUGAUGAAACCUUAUUGCUGCAAGCUAUUAAGCUGCUGAGUACGUUUUUGGGUCACCGCACACCCUCUCAAACGGUCUAUGACUCCCACGAGAUAAUUAAGUUCAAAGUCAGUAAACAGCCAGUUGCAUUCAUGAAUCCAGUUCAUACGCUUAUGUCUUUCCUGAUUGAGAAAGUUCCACUAGCUAAGGCUUUCGCAGCUCUAAGUGGAUGCAACGAUUUUCUUACAAUUUCUGACUUUUCUUUGAGAGCUGUGGUGCUUUGCUCUCAAAUUGAUGUCGGCUUUUGGGUACGAAAUGGCAUGUCUGUUCUUCGCCAGUCUUCAUACUAUAAAAAUAACCCCGAAAUGGCAUGCUACAUUCGCGACGUGCACCUCAACCAGCUAACGUUCCUCAAUGAAAAAGACGACUUGGUUAGACUUAUCUACAAUAUCCUAGACAGAUGGGAGCUCUUAGAAUGGUUUAAUGGCAAAGAAGACUUCGACAAAACUGUUUACGAAGACAAAAUUGUCUACAUCUUACAGCAGUUUAUUGCAUUCGUUUACCAACUUUUGACUGAGAGACAGUCCUUCAAGAUCUUCAAAAGCCCUGAAGAAAAGGAAUAUUACCAGAUCAAAAGAGCCAUUAUGUAUGGCCUCUACAUGGAGCCGUUGUCAUAUUCGAGCCUUCUAUCUGCUGUUCCUGAAUACCUGACCGAAAGUACCGAUCAAUUUGAUAGAGCUCUGGAGGAUGUUUCAGUUUACAUGGGACCCAAAGGCUUGAUGGACAAUGGAGUAUUUAAAUUGAAGCCGGAACUCUACAAAAGGAUAGACCCCUUGCAAUUACCAAAUAUGGGCAAUGAUUUUGAACACAGUGCAUCCAUCAUUAAAGCUCGCUUGGCAGAAAGCGGCGAGGAUCCCAAAAAUACUGUUCUGGAACCACAACUUAUUUCUCCCAAGUUCUUGGAUGAGUCUGCAAAGAAUUUGGGGGCAUUUACACGCACGAAAGUUUUCGCCAAGGUUAUAUAUAAUUUGCUCCGAGUGAGCAUAGACUUGGAUGAAGGCACCUUCCUUUAUGCCCUCCUGCAUUUGGUUCACUCAAUAUUAAAAGAUGAUGAACUUGUGAACGGCAAAAAUUCCAUACCUGAGGUCUACAUCUCCAAACCAAUCUGCAAUUUGUUAUUCAUUAUUAUCGACAUUAAAUCGAGCGUUUUCUCGGAGAACGUGGUUGCUAAAGCCGAUUAUCUCUUGGAAAGCUUGAUCUGGAAGAACCCUACAAGCAUCCUUGAAUCACUUGUCUCAUCCUUUGGUGAGGAAUGCGUUGAGCGCUACAAAGCGAGGAAGCUUCAUCAGGGAAUAAAUUUCGAAGAAAGUGAAAAGGGUCGUAAAAGAAGGCUUGCAAAGGAACGUCAGGAAAAGAUUCUUUCAAAGUUUUCAAGGCAGCAACAUAAAUUCAUGAAGGAAAAUCAGUCUGAGUUUGGCAGCAAUGACGACGACAUUGAGAUGGCUGACAAUGGUUUGUCCCAAGCCGUUGAAGAUUAUACAUGUGCGUUAUGCCAAGACACUAGCUCUGUCGACGCAUUCGUUAUACCAGUUUAUCAUGAGAACACACCUAUUUUUAGGAAUGGCGACAUCCGCAACGUGAAAGAGUUUGGUGUGGAAUGGAACCGCUUCCAGAACAACAAAGACAGUGCAACCACAUAUGAGGAAGAAUCAGUUCAAAAUUUCCGUGAAGACGGUUCCAAAGGCUCUAGGAAAGUGUUUGUGUCUUGCAACCAUUACAUUCACUAUAAAUGUUUUAAGCGGUAUGCCCAGAAGAAGAGGUUUUCGACAAAUUCGUUUAUUUGCCCAUUAUGCCAAACCUUCUCCAAUUGUGUUAUCCCUGUAGCUGGGUAUUCCCCAAAGCCUAGUGAAAGCAGUAUCAAAGAACUGCUUCAGAAUUCUGGAGCAAAGUCCAAUAUUGAUCAUCUUCAUCAAACGGAUCCAAACGAAGACUUUAAUGGUGUUUUUAACAUGUUUCUCGAGAUAAACAAAAAGAACAUGUACUAUGACCGUCAUUGGGCAACCACUCCGGAAAGUCAACGACCAGAUGUUGCAUACAUAUUGGCAGUUCAUUGGGCCAACACUAUCUCAAUGCUUGAAGUGUCGGCCAGGAUAGCUGAUCACCCGAACGAUAGUCUUCUGCAGGGAAAAGAGCAAAAGUUCAGAACUUUGAAGAACGUCUUGUCUUCUAUCGCUUGGCUUCAUAAGGUUUUGGGCCGCCCUUCUAAAGAGAUUAUCCCUUACGUGAACGGGGAGGAUACUAUCUGGAAUCAGAAUCAGCUUUUCCAGUUUAUUGUGCGGCGUUCGCUCUUUUCUUCUGAGCCGAUUACCAAUGUUAUCACUGGAGGGCUCUCUGUUUUCUCGCGGCAGUUGCUGGUGGAUUUCUUAAAAGGUUCGACGCCCAACGACGUCAAGAUGAUGCGAGAGGCUUCGGCAAACUUUGGUGGCAUUCAUGACAUUGAUAAUGAGACUCUAGAUGUUCUGCGUGAUGUUUGCGACAUAAGUGUUUCAGACGAGGACACAUGCCGUCAACUCUAUAGCCUGGCUUUCGCUUCUCUGAUAAAAAACGUUUUGCCAACUAUUAGAAGGUGUCUCAUCCUUUUGAAGGCUAUCAACAUGCUAAUCAUGAAGUCUGAUGAAGCAAGUCUUAUUGUUAAUGGCAUAAAUCUGGAGCUGGUGACCAGCUCUUCGACUCCUGAGUAUAUCAACAGUGUGAUUGGUUUAAUCACGCCCUUUAGCUCUUUCAACGACCUCUUGAGGAAGUCAAACAGCUAUGUUAAAAGCGUCACCGACCCUUACCUUUCUAACAUACCUUACGAAUUUACAGGCAUUGUUAAGUUGAUGGACUUGGCGCCACACUUGAAUACUUAUCUCACAAAUUCAAAGGAAGUCAAGUUGCGUGAAGAGCAUCCGGCACGCAUGAGGAACGCAGGAAACCGUUUAGACUUCAAGAUCUGUUUAACAUGCGGUGUUAAGGUUCAUGCCAGGAACGACCGUACAGAGCUCGUGAGACAUCUAGCCAAUCACUGUUUCAAGCCAUUCGGUCUAUUUUUGAUUCCGAACUUGAAUGAAGUAACCUUGAUCCUGACAAACCCAAGGUCUUCGAUAUCAAUUUCAGCUCCUUACCUGAACUCGCAUGGUGAGGCCGGCCGGAAUGCCAUUCAAAGAGGUGACUUGACAGCGCUGAGCCUUCAGCGCUACGAGCAUCUCAACAACGUCUGGCUCAAUAGCGAGGUCCCGGGCUUGAUUAGUAGGGUUAUGGGUGAUGAGUUUCGGGUUUUGAUAGUUUCUAAUGGAGUUGUCCUCAAUUUCAACAGAAACGUUUUAAGACCACGUCGUGCUAACGCUGAAGAGCCUGACGGUGACAGCAGUAGCAGUGAAGCAGAAGAUGAUGAUCUAGAAGGUGGAGAAGUUCGGUGGGAAAUCAGACCAGAGGAGUUUUUCGAAGAAGCUGGUAUAAGGUUUGAAGGUGCAGGCGCCAUUCCGGGUGGUGACAUUAGAGACUUUUUCCAGUUCAUUAAUAACUUGGACACAGAAACAGACGCAUUCGAAGAGGACGAAGAAACUGGAGGCGAGGCUCAGGGACUUGCCAACGCCUUCGUUCCUAGGUUCGAGUUCUUGCCAAAUUUUAGAAACUUCAACGCACGAAACGAAGAUGAGCCAGAUGAUGAGGAUGAGGAUGAGGUGAACCACCCAGUAUCUGACGAUAUAGAGUAG